AUGUGGGAGAUUGAGGCAGUGGGUAAGGAGGACCAAUGCACCAAACCCGACACAGGUAAUGGACCCCCUGGCCUCACCUCUAUUGGGGUCACUCAUCCCGGUUCGCCUGCCACCCUGGUUCCUAGACUGCCUCCCACUCACGGUAACACCACCAUCCUCACUGCUGUGAACAUUUUUCCAAGGCAGUGCAAUUUGUGGCUCACCCUAAACUUCCCAGAGCUUGCGAGACUGCUGACCUCCUGGUCAAUCAUGUUUUCCCCCUGCAUGGAAUCCCCCUUGUCUCUGAUCAUGGACCCCAGUUCAUCUCUCAGUUUGUCCUCUGGCAUCCACCCCCAGACUAAUGGUCAGGCAGAGCACUCCAACCAGGACCUGCAAGCAGCUCUUCGGUGUGUCACAGCCAGUAACCCCUUGACCUGGAGCACUCAGCUGGCCUGGAUAGAUUAUGCUCACAAUUCCCUUUCUAGCACAGCUACCGGCAUGUCUCCCUUUGAGUGCUCUCUGGGUUAUCUGACUCCCCGUUUCCCGACAUUGCUGUCCCACCUGUUCAAGAUCACAUCUGUCAUUGCUGCAAGAUUUGGAGGAAUGCCUGCUCAGCGCUGCUCUGCUCAGGAGCUGGAGAAGAAAUUCAUUACACUGUUGAAAAAUGAGCUGAACAGGUUCAAGGAGCUACUUAAUGCUGAUUACUCAGCAUGCUCUGAGUGGGAGGAGGGGGAGGGGAAUCUGGACUGUGUUAGAGAGGGUAUGCUGAAGAUCACACUGCACAUCCUGAAGAACAUGAAGCAGAAAGAUCUCGCUGACACACUGCUGAUCAGUAAGAAGCUGGCCCCUGUGUAUCAGCGAAAGCUCAAAUCUAGACUUUUAGAUAAAUUUAAAAGAAUUAAUGAAGGAAUCUCACAGCAUGGGACAUCAGAACUUCUGAAUCAGAUCUACACAGAGCUCUACAUCACAACGGGUUGGAGUGGAGAUGUCAAUAAUGAGCAUGAGGUGAGACAGAUUGACAAAGCGUCCAGGAGACUAGCAACAGAAGAGACACUCAUCAACUGUAAUGACCUCUUUAAAGACAAGUCCAUCAGAAGUGUACUGACUAAAGGAGUAGCUGGAAUUGGAAAAACAGUCUCUGUGCAGAAGUUCAUUCUGGACUGGGCUGAAGGAAAAGCAAAUCAGGAUGUCAUCUUCAUGUUUCCACUUCCCUUUAGAGAGCUGAAUUUGGUGAAGCAGGAAAACAUAAAUCUGAUGAGCCUUCUUUAUCAGUUUUUCCCCGAAAUUAAGGACUUGGAAGUAAUAGACAGUGAUACCUACAAAGUCUUGUUCAUCUUUGAUGGUCUGGAUGAGUGUCGACUUCCUCUAAAUUUCCAGAACAAUGAGAGAUUGUGUGAUGUGACAGAGUCAGCCUCAGUGGAUGUGCUGCUGACAAACCUCAUCAAGGGGAAUCUGCUUCCCUCUGCUCUCCUCUGGAUAACUACUCGACCAGGAGCAGCCAGUCAGAUCCCUCCUGAGUGUGUAGACCAGGUAACAGAGAUACGAGGCUUCAGUGAUCCUCAGAAAGAGGAGUACUUCAUGAAGAGGAUCAGUGAUAAGAAUCUGGCCAAUAAAAUCAUCACACACAUGAAUUCUUCCAGAACUCUCUACAUUAUGUGCCACAUCCCAGCUUUCUGCUGGAUUUCAGCCAAGGUUCUAGAGAGAAUGUUGGGUGAAGCAGAGAGUGGAGAGAUCCCCAAGACUCUGACUCAAAUGUUCACACACUUCCUGAUCUUUCAGAUCAAACAUAAGGACCAAAAGUACCAUGGAACAUAUGAACUUGAUCCUCAUCAGACCAGAGAGAGUAUCCUAUCUUUGGGAAAACUGGCUUACCAACAACUGGAAAAAGGAAACCUGAUCUUCUAUGAAGAAGACCUCAGAGAGUGUGGCAUUAAUGUUAGAGAAGUGGCAGUGUACUCAGGAGUGUGUACCCAAAUAUUUAGAACAGAGUUUGGACUCUACCUGGGGAAGAUGUUCAGCUUUGUGCAUCUGAGUGUUCAGGAGUUUUUGGCUGCAUUAUAUUCAUUUCUUGACAAAAACCGAAAAAAAGACCAAGCCACUGAUCUGUCUGGUCUUUUCAACACAUCAGAAAUGUCUGACUUUCUCAAGAGCACAGUGGACCAGGCCUUACAGAGUGAAAAUGGACACUUGGAUCUUUUCCUUCGCUUCCUUCUGGGCCUGUCAUUGGAGUCUAAUCAGAAGCUCAUUCGAGGUCUUCUGACACACACAGAAAGAAGCUCUGACUGCCAAAAGGACAUAGUUGAGUACAUCAAGUCCAAACUUGAACAAAAUCUAUCUCCAGAGAGAUCAAUCAAUCUGUUCUACUGUCUGAACGAGUUAAAUGAUGAUUCACUAGUGAAAGAGAUCCAAAGCUACAUGAACUCAGGACGUCUCUCUGAAGCUGAGCUCUCACCUGCUCAGUGGUCUGCUCUGGUCUUUGUGUUGCUGACAUCAAAGGAGGAGAUGGAAGUGUUUGAGCUACAGAAGUUCAUAAAGUCAGAUGAAUGCUUCAAGAGACUGCUACCAGCUGUCCAGCAAGCCACAACAGUUUUGCUCAGUGAGUGUAACCUGACAGAGAGAAGCUGCUCAGCUUUACACACAAUUCUCAGCUCAGAAUCCUCCAAGCUGACUGAAGUGGAUCUGAGUAAUAAUCGUCUGAAGGAUUCAGGGGUGAAGCUGCUUUGUACUGGACUGAAGAGUCCAAACUGUAAACUGGAGAAACUGAGUCUCAGUAAGUGUAACCUGUCAGAAAGAAGCUGCUCGGCUUUACACACAGUUCUCAGCUCAGAAUCCUCCAAGCUGACUGAGGUGGAUCUGAGCAGAAAUCCUCUGAAGGACUCAGGAGUGAAGCUGCUUUGUGCUGGACUGAAGAGUCCAAACUGUAAACUGGAGAAACUGAGACUUUCAGACUGCAGUAUAACAGAGGAAGGAUAUGCUGCUCUGGCAGAAGCUCUGAAAUCAUCCUACUUGAUAGAGCUGGAUCUCAGAGGGAAUUACCCUGGAGCAUCAGGAGUGAAGCUGCUCACUGAUUUACAGCAGGAUCCAAACUGUAAACUGGAGACACUGAGGCUCUGUGAGUGUAAUCUGACAGAGAAAGGAUGUUCAGCUCUGCUCACAGCUCUCAGAUCAGAAACCUCCAUCCUGAGGGAGCUGAAUCUGAGUAAGAACAGAAUUCAGGAUUCAGGAGUGAAGCUGCUCUGUGCAGAACUGAAUAAUCCACACUGUAAACUGGAGACCGUGAGGCUCUGUGAGUGUAAUCUGACAGAGAAGGGAUGUUCAGCUCUGCUCACAGCUCUCAGAUCAGAAUCCUCCACCCUGGAGGAGCUGAAUCUGAGUAAGAACAGAAUUCAGGAUUCAGGAGUGAAGCUGCUCUGUGCAGAACUGAAGAAUCCAUGCUGUAAACUGGAGACUGUGAAGCUCAGGGAAUGUAACCUGACACAGAGAAGCUGCUCGGAUUUACGGACAGUUCUAAGCUCAAAAUCCUCCAAACUGACUGAGGUGGAUCUGAGCAGUAAUCCACUGGAGGACUCAGGAGUGAAGCGGCUUUGUGCUGGACUGAAGAGUCCAAACUGUAAACUGGAGAAACUGAGACUUUCAGACUGCAGUAUAACAGGGGAAGGAUACAUUGCUCUGGCUGAAGCUCUGAAAUCAUCACACCUGACAGAGCUGGAUCUCAGAGGGAACGACCCUGGAGCAUCAGGAGUGAAGCUGCUCACUGUUUUACUACAGGAUCCAAACUGUAAACUGGAGACACUGAGACUUGCAAACUGUAAUAUUAAACAGGAAGGAUACACUGCUCUGGCUGAAGCUCUGAAAUCAAAUCCCUCAUCACAUCUGAUAGAGCUUGACCUCAGAGGGAAUGACCCCGGACAAUCAGGAAUGAAGCAGCUCAGGAAUUUAAUGAAUGAUCCAAAAUGUAAACUGAAGACACUGAGGUUGUUGAAAAGUCCUGAUGCACAGAAAGCUUUUGAUCAUCUGAGUGAAGUUCUAGGUAUAAACCCGGUACUGCAGACAGAUCUGGAUCUGAGUGGAAAAAUAAAAGGAGACUCCGGAGUAGAGGAGCUCUCUGCUUUAUUGAAGGAUCUACUGAAGGAUCCACACUGCAGACCUGAAAAACUUCAGCUUAGUGAGUGUAAUCUGACAGAGAAAGGAUGUUCAGCUCUGCUCACAGCUCUCAGAUCAGAAUUCUUCACACUGAGGGAGCUGAAUCUGAGUAAUAACAGGAUUCAGGAUUCAGGAGUGAAGCUGCUCUCUGCAGAACUGAAGAAUCCACACUGUAAACUGGAGACUGUGAGACUUUCAGACUGCAGUAUAACAGGGGAAGGAUACACUGCUCUGGCUGAAGCUCUGAAAUCAUCACACCUGAUAGAGCUGGAUCUCAGAGGGAAUGACCCUGGAGCAUCAGGAGUGAAGCUGCUCACUGAUUUACUGCAGGACCCUGAAUGUAAUCUAACAACACUGAGUUUCUUGAAAAGUGCUGAUGCAGAUGAAGCCUACAAGUGUCUAACUAACAUUGUAGGUGAAAACCCCUUACUGAACAGGGAGCUGGAUCUGAGCAACAAAACACCUGAAGACGUCAAAGUGAAACAGCUCUCGGCUCUGCUGCAGGAUCCACGUUACAAACUACAGAAAUUUAGGUUAUAUAAAGAAGACAGUAUUACAGAGAAUGACUGUUUAAUUUUGACUUCUGCUCUGGUUUUAAAUCCUUCACACCUGAGAGAGCUGAAUCUAAAUGGGAAUAAACCAGGAGAGUGUGGACUGAGAAAUCUGUGUGAUUUCCUGAAGAAUCCUAAAUGUAAACUGCAGAAACUAAAAAUACAGAACAGUCUAAGUGGAAAAUCUUGUGCUGAUUUGGCUUCAGCUCUCUGUACAAAUCCAUCACACAUCAGAGAGCUGGAUCUGAGUUGGUGUAAACUAGGAGACUCAGGAGUGGAGAAGCUCUGUGAUCUACUGAAGAAACAUGAGUGUAAACUGGAGAAACUGCUACUACGGAACAGUGUAAAAGGAAAAUCCUGUGCUGAUUUGGCUUCAGCUCUCUGUACAAAUCCAUCACACAUCAGAGAGCUGGAUCUGAGUUGGUGUAAACUAGGAGACCUAGGAAUGAAGAAGCUCUGUGAUCUACUGAAGAAGCACGAGUGUAAACUGGAGAAACUGCUACUAAAGAAGAGUGUAAGUGAGAAAUGCUGUGCUGAUUUGUCUUCAGCUCUCUGUACAAAUCCAUCACACAUCAGAGAGCUGGAUCUGAGUUGGUGCAAACUAGGAAACUCAGGAGUGAAGAUGCUCUGUGAUCUACUGGAAAAACACGAGUGUAAACUGGAGAAACUGCUACUACAGAACAGUGUAAGUGGGAAAUCCUGGGCUUAUUUGUCUUCAGCUCUCUGUACAAAUCCAUCACAUAUCAGAGAACUUGAUCUGAGUUGGUGUAAACUAGGAGACUCAGGAGUGAAGAUGCUCUGUGAUCUACUGAAGAAACAUGAAUGUAAACUGGAGAAACUGCUACUACAGGACAGUGUAAAUGGAAAAUCCCACACUGACUUGGCUUCAGCUCUCUGUUCAAAUCCAUCACACAUCAGAGAGCUGGAUCUGAGUCGGUGUAAACUGGGAGACUCAGGAGUGAAGAAGCUUUGUGAUCUACUGAAGAAACACGAGUGUAAGCUGGAGAAACUACUACUGUGUAACAGUGUAAGUGAGAAAUUCUGCACUUAUUUGGCUUCAGCUCUCUGCAGAAAUCCAUCACACAUCAGAGAGCUGGAUCUGAGUGAGAGUGAACUAGGAGACUCAGGAGUGGAGAAGCUCUGUGAUCUACUGAAGAAAAAAGAGUGUAAACUGGAGACACUACGGUUAAUAAAGUGCAGAAUAACAGAUAGAGGCUGUGCUGCUCUGACUGCAGCUCUGAAGGUGAACUCCUCACAUCUGAAAGAGCUGUAUCUGAGCAAUAAUGAGCUGGGAACUUCAGUCACACAACUCAAGGAGUUACUGAAGCAUUCAGGAAGACAGCUACAACAUGAUAAACCCAUAUGGUGAAACAUUUCUACAAUGGUGCUAAUUGACCUGAAAAAAGCUUGGACGCCUUGGACGCCGAGUUCUCUAUAGUGCAGAAAGAACAAAGAUACACACAGAGAGGAAGUAGUGUGUACAGUAAUUUAGGAAGCAGUGUGGAUGAUGAUUAUACUCAGCAGAACCAGGGCAGUAGUGGGACAGUCACUGACUCCACAAGCCCAGAAAGUCUGCCUUCGAGCAGUUUAUAUAACAUCAGAGAACAGAAAAGGAGUAGACAAGACAAUAACACCAGUAAUACACAGAGGCAACAAAACAGCCUCUACACAAGCAAUUUGAUUAUAUGAAACAAAUAGUACUAGAUAAGCACCAGAGAAACUCAUCAAUGCAGGAGACAAAAGUGCCCUGUGUUCUGUAGGUAACUGACUCCUAUUUCAGUAAAUUCACUGGUCACUUUCUGGACAAUGAAGUAUUUCAAAUAGCAGGUGUUGUGUUUUCGCCAUGUUCUGAUUUAUGGUCCUUUGUUCUGCAGUACCCUUUAACCCUAACUCUCUUAUUCAGUACAAAUGGAAAUAAAUCUUAUAAAAAAGUAAGAGAAGAGGAAGUCUGACUCUGUUCUA